AAUUCUUUUUUUGAUUAUUUUUUUGAUUCCAAUGCGUCUAGAAAAGUGUUGGUUUUGUUCUUCAACAAUUUGGCCAGGUCAUGGUAUUCAAUUUGCACGAAAUGAUGGAACGGUCUUCAAAUUUUGUCGUUCCAAAUGCAACAAAUUAUUCAAAAAGAAAAAGAAUCCUCGCAAAUUGAAAUGGACAAAAGCUUCGAGGCGAUUAAGAGGAAAGGAAUUGGUUAAUGAUGCCGUCCAAGCACUUGAACAAAAAAGAAAUGAGCCUGUAAAAUAUGACAGAAAUUUGUGGAAUGAAGCAGUUGAGGCAAUGAAACAAAUCCACGAAAUUAGACAUCGUCGUUAUGGACAAUUAAUUAAAAAUAAAUUGAAGCCUGGUCAAUUACGUCAAAAACAGGCAAUGAUUAAAAAAGCAAAGACUAGAAUGCAUUUAAUUAGAUCACCAUUUGCCAAUGACGUAAAAGACGAAGAUGAGCAGAUGGAUAUGGAAUAUAAAGAAGAAAGUGAUAUAGAACAAGGGGAUGUUAUUGAAAUUAAAGAGGAAAAUGUUGAAGAUGAGAAAGUUACAAAAAAGAAAAAGAAGAAAUUAAAUAAAAAUAAAGAAGUGCCAGAGACACAAACAAUGAUGGUGGUUGAAACAAUUGAAGAUGAUUAA